AAGGAAAUUGCUGAUAAAUUUAUGGAGGCUGUUAUAAAAGCUUUAGACGGAACUGCGACACCAAUAAUAGAGACAGUUGGUAGCAAUACUUCCAUAAAUACGUCCGCUAGUUCGGGACUGCCUUCGAGUGCCUUAAAUAUCACCGAAGAAAAUGAGAAGCUGGCGAGCGAUUUAAAGUUACCGUUAAAUCUCUUUGAAUCAGCAAAACCGGACUGUAUUGGUUGCCGAGGAUGUGAUCCAGAAAAGUUCACCUUUACUGACGAUGGAAAUAAUAAAAUUUUCAUUAAUGAAGAGGACAUUAAAAGCCUUUUGCUACCGAUGGAAUUGCCGCCUUUAGUUUUAUUAAAGCAAAGCACUCUCUCACCUAUUAUUUCAACGACGGCAACAACAUUAAUAACGACAACAGCAGGUGCGUCGAUAAACUUUAAGAAAAAGCUCGUGAACACUUUUAACGCCAGUGCAAACAACGUAAAAGAAUCCGCUGACGAAACAACACCCGCGUCUACAACCGAUCUUUCGCAGGAAAAUCCAAAAACUUGUUCUAUUAUAAAACCCGGUAAUAUAUUUGGUGGUUUCACGGAAAUGACAAAUGCGGGCGAAGAAUCAAUUUUCUCUGGUGUCGCAAAUUCAACGUCCACAGAUGCUGACAAAACACAAUCUAUAUCCAUUUUCGGAGGCACAGGCAAUAGUUUACCUGGUGGUUCUAUUUUUGGCCAAAAACCUCCAAUAUUUGGCAAUAGCCCUUCCAUAUUCGGCGAUACAACUAAAUCGAUUUUCGGUUCGUCAAAUAAUAACUCUAAGGGCGGUAGUAUAAAUACUUCCAUUUUCGGCUCAUCGUACACCAGCUUCACAGGUUUUGCGCCCAAUAAACCCAUAACCGCAGGUAGAUGUGUAUUUGGAAGUACGGAAAUUCCCACUACGACUGCCGCUCAUGUCGCUACUUCUUUGUUCGAAGGUGUUGGCACAAACACGGGCUCUGCAGGCACUGAAUCGUUUAUCGAUUUGUCUAAAACUGCUACAGCUGCGAUUGACUUUGCUAGUUUGGCAGCUCAAGCUCCCAAAGAUGACAAAGCGGUGCCAGCAUUAGCAAAAGGCAACGAAAAACCUGCCCCUUGUAAUUUUAUAGGUCUUACGGGCCAAAAUGCUUUCGCAAGCUUUGCCAAACCGCUAAAUGAACAAAAAUCGAACGAUAAGGAUAUAACCAAAAAUGAUAGCCUAAAUGAUGCGAAAAAUAACCAAAGCGGCAAUUGCGGUACUGCGGAAAACAAUUCUACUGAGGAGAAUUAUGAUCCUCACUACGAACCCAUUAUUGCAUUACCCGAAGAAAUUGUAAUUACAACAGGCGAAGAAGAAGAAACUAAGCUCUUCGGCGAGCGAGCUACAUUGUUCCGCUGGGAUGAUACCAACAAGGAGUGGAAAGAAAGAGGCGUUGGAGAAUUAAAAAUUUUGUUUCAUCCUGUCAAACAAACAUAUCGUAUGCUAAUGCGUCGCGAACAAAUCUAUAAGCUGAUCCUGAAUCAUGUUGUUAAUGCUGACUUUAGUUUCAGUGAAAUGAACAAAAAUCCUAAGAGUUUUCUAUGGGGAGCCAUGAAUUAUGCUGAGUGCCCCGAAGGAGUAUUGGAAAAGUUGGCUGUACGUUUCAAAAAUGUCAAAUUAGCAGAACAGUUCAGGGAGCAGUUAAAUAAAUGUAUUGCAGCGAAUCAAAAUCGCGAUAACUAAAAAACUAAAGGAUUUUUAAAACUAUUAAUAUU